AUGGUUUUUCGUGGAUUUUUACACACCACUAUUUUUAAAAUUGCAAAAGUGAUGACGAAAAAAAAGAUAGCAUAUGGAGAAGAAGGUGUUGAAGAUCUAAUGAAACAAACAUCGGACACAUGCAACGAAUGCAAAAAACCUAAAGAAGGCAAGAAAUGGUGUUCGACAUGUCUUUUUCCUAAUAAUUGGACUAGUGGGAAUCGGGAAAUAGACACAUUUAUUCGCGAGUCUCAAAUGCUUUCUACCACAUUACAUCACUGUUUAUUAUGGAUUCCCUUUGAUCAAUUCUCUGAAAUUAAAGAGGUAGCACGUGGAGGUUUUAAUACAGUAUGUUCUGCUACGUGGGACGGAAAUAGAAUCGAUCUUUUAUAUACGAUCGAAAAUUCUCCAGUAUGGGUUCACAGGAAUUGUACCACAAAGGUCGCACUCAAACAUCUCAAAAAUUCUCAAAAUAUUGAUUCAUCUGUGUUGAAUAAGCUUCUCAAUUAUAGAACAUAUGAUGAUUUUUCCAUUCCUAAAUGUUACGGAUUAUCUCAACAUCCCUCAACAAAGGAAUAUAUUCUUGUUUUUAAUUACUAUGAACAAGGAGAUCUACGAGCUCUGUUAGCCGACAGGUACACGGAUAUGAAGUUACGCGAUAAAUUGCUAAUUCUUUCCGAUAUAAUUUCAGAAUUGAACUCAAUCCAUAAAAGAAAGUUGGUUCACAAGAACUUUCAUCCAGGGAAUAUAUUAAUUGCUAAAUCUUCUUGGAUCGAUGGAUCUUUAAAUAUUAAUGGAUUAGCAAUAUCAGAUCUUGGAUUAAAUGCACCGGUGAACGAACCACUGCAUUCUAAAGAAAUAUAUGGUGUGAUACCAUUUGUUGCUCCUGAAAUUUUUCAGGCACUUCCUUAUACUGCAGCGGCAGAUAUUUAUAGUUUUGGCAUGAUAAUGUGGAUGUUAUCUUCCGGAAAACUACCGUUUGGUGAUCGGCCACACGAUCAUAGGUUGGUUAGUGAUAUAUGUGAUGGUGAUCUUUGGGCUUAUUAUUCGGAACAUCUUAGUGCACUUAAACCUACCAACAUUGAGAUCACAAAGAGAUCAAGAAACUCGCAUUAUGAAAUACUCACAAAUACUCACCCUGACGCGGUUUAUUAUAGUCGUCCUAUAAGUAAAUUUACUAGUCAGGGUAGUAUUUAUCCUCCGUUAAAAGGCUAA